UUUUAUAUUUAUAUAUCCCUGGCGGCUGCAUGGCUUCAUCUCAUAGUAUUAAUGUAAUGAAUGGAUGAACCCUUUCAAAUCCCAUCUAGUUCCCACCACCUCCAUCUGUGACAACAGUUAGUAGGAAUGCAAAGAAUCAGAUUGUCAUUACAGGAGAUCACCUUCACACCACUAUAGUCGAUCAAGGUGAUCCGAUUAUGAACCAAGCAGGAAUAGGCCAAUACUCAUCGGGAAGCAUACCAUCACCAGUGAUGGGCGCUCACGUAGGAUCGUCUCAGCUUUAUGGAGCUACAGAUAUUAAUUCUCGAGUGGGACAGGGUACAAUGCAAACAGUGGGUCAUGGUAGAGGUGGUGCUCUGGCUGGACCAGGCAAAACUGCUACGCCCACUGCGCCCGGCACAGGCGGAUCAGCAACAGUCAUCAAACUCAAGCGUCAUGGAGGUGCUGGCUCCUCCUCAUUAGCUAGAGCUGUCCAGCAACAAUUGGCGCAGCGGAAAGCCAAUGCAGCAGCAGGCGGUUAUACGAUUGAUGAAACAAAGAAUCAAGGAUCAAUGUCAACGUUCAAGGUUACACCUGUAUCAGAUAGUGCAUCAAAUCUUUCGAAGACAGGACCCAAUAACUCGCUUUCUUCAGCAAUGGACUUUUCGGAUCCAUUGAAACCAGGGGUAACGGGAAGAGGACCUAUUAAAUCACGAAGGAAAUCUAUUGCUAAAGGCUUAGAUUCGAUAUCUGCAUCGCAUAACCAACCAGGAAGCAUCCUUGGCACUGAUCCUAACACAGCAGUCGCAGGCAGCUCCACAGAUGCUCAAGUAUCUGACAUAUCAUCUGCAUCACUGGGUUCUUUUGUUAUACCAAAACCGAAGCCAAUCGCGCCCAAAAAGCCUCGGAAAAAGAAGGUUGAGGAUAACGGCGAUGAAUCUUUAGCAGGGGCUGGGAGCCGCACCGCAGGAGUGGGUCGCGGCAAAGGAGGCUUCGGAUUGGGUAAGGGCAAAGGAGGAGGGCGAUCUAGUAUGGGUCUAGGACUAGGUAAGGGUAAGGGUGGCGCUUAUCGUCAAGAAUUACUCCGACGUGCUGAAGUGGAGGAUUUUGAUAAUGAGAGUGAGGAGGGCGCCGAUGACGAUGACGACACUAAUGUUAACGCUACCACAAGAAGUGCACCCUAUAAUUCGGGUAACGGAGCACUUGGGUCAAGCAACACGAUGUAUAUGAACGACAACUCUGCACUUGCUCAAUUGGUCAGCAGUGCUUUGCAGGAUCAAGCUAAUAUGGUAGCACAGGCGCAGUUACAAAAACAGCAACAGCAACAGCAACAGCAGCAGCAGCAACAGCAGCAGCAACAACAGCAACAACAGCAGCAGCAGCAGCAACAGCAGCAGAGCCCACAACAGGAGAAGCAGCAACAAACAAACCAGACAACCAAAGCCAAGAAGCAGCCAAAGAAAGCAUCCGCUCCAGCUAAACCGCCGCCAGUACGUAAAUUUGGUGGCAAAAGCUUUGGGAUUGCAGGUGGUGAAAGUUCUGGCAGUAGUAGUAAUGAAAGUAGUGAUGGCGAAGGUAGUAGUGGCUCACAGAGUGAUUCGUCAUCAUCGGGCGGUAGCGUUAGUGGGUCUGACCCUGGUGACUCUGACUAACUAUCAGCCAGAAUACCAGAAUAGACGACAAAAAUUAUAAAAAUACCAAUUAAUUUAACG